GUUUUUAUAAAACACAAAUAAAACCACUGCCUAUGUCCAAACAUAGGAGUAUUUUUUUACUCACUUUCUGUCUUUUCCACGACAUUAACGUUCUCUUCGCGUCCACUUUUAAUGACGUCAUGACGGAGCUUCCCGCGACUUUUGAGACAACCAAUAGCGAGCCUCCUUCCCGAGACGCGGUUCAUGUCACUUUGCAGUCAUGGACGUCGAGAUGAUGGAGGUUCCCACCGAGAAAACAGCCACAGAAGGCGGACUCAAGCCGAGUCCGGAGGCCGGGGAGAGCUCCGGCACCAAGGGCUCCGGUUCCUACGAGCUUCCCUGGGUGGAGAAGUACAGGCCGCUGAAGCUGAACGAGAUUGUGGGCAACGAAGACACUGUUAGCCGCCUGGAGGUGUUUGCCAGGGAGGGAAACGUCCCAAAUAUCAUCAUAGCAGGUCCCCCCGGAACCGGAAAGACCACCAGCAUCCUAUGUUUGGCUCGAGCGCUGCUGGGGGCUUCCAUGAAGGACGCCGUGCUGGAGCUCAACGCCUCAAACGAGAGAGGAAUCGACGUGGUGAGGAACAAGAUCAAGAUGUUUGCUCAGCAGAAAGUCACGCUGCCCAAAGGGCGACACAAGGUCAUCAUCCUGGAUGAAGCAGACAGCAUGACGGACGGAGCUCAGCAGGCGCUCCGGAGGAUCAUGGAAAUCUACUCCAAGACGACCCGCUUCGCCCUGGCCUGCAACGCCUCGGACAAGAUCAUCGAGCCCAUCCAGUCGCGCUGUGCCGUGCUGCGCUACUCCAAGCUGACGGACGGCCAGAUCCUGGCCCGGCUGCAGGACGUGGUGGAGAAGGAGCGUCUGUCCGUGUCGGACGACGGCCUGGAGGCCAUCAUCUUCACGGCGCAGGGGGACAUGCGACAGGCUCUCAACAACUUGCAGUCCACCAACUCGGGCUUCGGCUACGUCAACAGCGAGAACGUGUUCAAGGUGUGCGACGAGCCGCACCCGCUGCUGGUGAAAGGCAUGCUGGGACACUGCGUGGACGGCAACGUGGACGAGGCGUACCGGGUGGUGGAGCAGCUGUGGGCGCUGGGCUACUCGCCGGUGGACAUCAUCGGGAACAUCUUCAGGGUGUGCAAGACCUUCCAGAUGGCCGAGUACCUCAAGCUGGAGUUCAUCAAGGAGAUCGGGUACACGCACAUGCGCAUCACGGAAGGCGUAAACUCGCUACUGCAGAUGGCGGGACUGGUGGCUCGACUCUGCAGUAAGACCACGCCCCCUGCGGCCUGCUGACCUCACUCCAGAAUUGGAAAUAGAAUGAACAGAAGGUACCCAAGAAGAUUAACUUACACUCUGCCUCCACUUUUCUCUGCUUGACACACAUUUUGGGGCAAUGAGUGCACGAUGAGGCAUGAAAUGCAGAGAAUAAUUUUGCCACUCCGCCCUGAGAUGGGUAGGUUGUGAGUUCAACCCCCGGCCGAGUCAUACCAAAGACUAUAAAAAUGGGAGCCAUUACCUCCCUGCUUGGCACUCCGCAUCAAGGGUUGGAAUUGGGACUUAAAUCGCCAAAAAUGAUUACCGGGCACGGCCACUGCUGCUGCUCACUGCUCCCCUCACCUCCCAGGGGGGACAAUCAUUGGUACUUAACUUAACUAAUGUAGAGGAUGUCAUUGUAUGUUUCAUUUAUGUUGAGGGGGAGGAGCCGUGUGUAGCUUGCUUGGCCCCGCCUACAAGUUUGCUAUUAUGACACCCAGUGGACUUAUUUGGAACAGCAUGUUGGCCGUAUGUUUGACACCCCUGCUUUAAGCGUUUACUUUGCAAAAACAACCUGAACUAGCAGAGAACUUGACCCCGACUCCCAAUAAAAAAGGUUCCCAAGUCCAGACAGCCCUUAAAUGUAAUCACUUCUUCCUGGUCUUUUUUUCUGCAAAGUAAAUGAACAUCAACCCAUAACUUUGACUUAUUACGGUGGAAUCAGUCAUAGAUUGUCUUUGUCUCUGUGAGUGGAGGCGGGGCCGCCAGCACGCUCACACAAAUUUAAAAACGUAAGGCAACAGAAUUAGAUCAGUUAUUCCUCAUUCACUUUGGACAAAGUUCCCUGAUAA